ACAGGGCAGAAGCAGGCUUGGAACCCUGCAGUGGAGAGCCAGGAGCUGCUGCAGCUUGCCAAGCUGUGCCAGGAUCACACCUUGGUUGGGAUGAAGCUGCUGGAUAAAAUCUCCUCUGUGCCCCGUGGGGAGCUGUCGUGCAUUACAGAGCUGCUGAUCCUGGCCCACAGCUGCUUCAGCCUGACGUGCCACAUGGAGGGGAUCACACGAGUGCUGCAGGCGGCUCGGCUGCUCACCGAGGAGCACCUGGCUCCCAGGGAGGAGUACGGGCUGGUGGUGCGCCUGCUGACGGGCAUUGGCAGGUACAAUGAGAUGACCUACAUCUUCGAGCUGCUGCACCAGAAGCACUACUUCGAGGUGCUCAUGAGGAAGAAGCUGGACCCGAGCGGGACGCUGAAGGCGGCGCUGCUGGACUACACCAAGCGCUGCCGGCCCGGCGACAGCGAGAAGCACAACAUGAUCGCGCUGUGCUUCAGCAUGUGCAGGGAGAUCGGCCAGAACCACGAGGCUGCCGCCUCCACCCAGCUCAAACUCAUCGACUGCCGGCCCUGGGAGGAGUCUCUUCAGGAUGUUCCAAAUUUAAAGAAGCUGCUGCUGAAAGCUGUGACCCUCUUCAUUGAUGCAGCAGAAAGUUACUCCAAGGACUCGUGUGUGCGGCAGGCGCUGCGCUGCCGCCGCCAGACGCGGCUCAUCACGCUCCAGCUGCACUUCCUGGGCUCGGGGCAGAGCACCAGGAUCAUCAACCUGGGCAGGCAGGACCUGCCAGGAGCCAUCCUGGCCUUGCCCAGGUACUACCAGGCAGCCAUCGUGGCCGAGGCCUACGAGUUCCUGCCGGACUGGGCUGAGGUUCUGUUCCAGCAGGUGAUCACCAGGGGGGACUUUGUGUACCUGGAGGAGUUCCGGCAGCAGCGGCCGCUGCGGCCCGGCCUGUUCGAGGAGGUGGCCAAGAGGGUCAAACAGCACGCCCCUGCUGAUGCUGCCCUGAGGAACCUGAAGCGGUUCCUCACCCACUGCGAGGACAUCUACACCUACUACAGGCUGGCCUACGACCACAAGUUCUAUGACGUGGUGAACUCCCUGCUGAAGGACCCUCAGACUGGCUGCUGCCUCAACGACCUCUUAUCCAACUGAAUUCCAGCUGAACUCCAGCCCGGAGCACAGGCUGCAGGGUCACUGCUCAUUUACACAGAUUUUAUCAAUGGCCUGCUCACAGGGCUCUGCUGCUCUCUAAAAAUUACUCCAGAAAACUGCACAAGGUUGUAAGUAGUUAAAUGCUGACUGUGUUAACCUAAAAUUGUGUUUUGUAUAAUAAAUGUUAUUGUUUAUAAAUUA